ACCGUGGAACGGGUGACAGCUGUAUAGGAGGUUUGAGCUGAGCUGUUAGUCUGGAUAUCGCCGUCGCUUUGGAUUUUUCUUUUGUAAAAGAAGAAACGUAGAAAUGAAGGCAAUUAGUCCUGUUCGCUCGUUGAGAAGCUGCUACGAGGCUGUGUGUUGUAUUUCGGAUCAGAGUUUGUCCAUUAGCCGGAGCCGGAGUCCAAGCGAGGAGCAGGUCGGCACUCUGAACGACAUGAACGACUGUUACUCCCGUCUGAAGGAGCUGGUUCCGAGCAUCCCACCGAAUAAAUCCGUCAGCCAGAUCGAGAUCCUACAGCAUGUCAUUGACUACAUUUUCGAUCUCCAGAUAGCGCUGGAAAGCCCUACAGGCGCUCCGGACAUGCUGAUGGCACUCAAGAGCUCAGAGAUCAAGCACAGUCUGUCCAAAGAAAGUGAUGGAGCUCUGUGCCAUUAGAAGAGAGCGCGCGCAUCAAGCUGUUUCUUCCAUUGGUGCAGGACAGAAACUUCUCCACUCAUGGACAAGAGAGAAAGGGAGUGAAGGGGCUGAACACACACACACACACACACACACACACACACACACACACACACACACACACACAAGGAGUGCAGCUAUUCAGAGUGUGGGAAAAGAACCUGCACUCCACUCGAACCAUGCAGUCUUUGGUCACUGGACACUUGAACACACCAAAGCUGAAGAUUUCUGAAGUUUGGAUGGAAAGCUCUCUUAUAAAGUGUUUUUUUUUUUUUUUUUUUAAUACAAUCAUUUUUCUUUUUGUGAUGCUACAAUCAGGCAUUAUGUAUUGCUGACUGGUUACAUUCCAAGCUAUUGGACGACACACACUUUACAUUCCCUCUCUCUCUCUCUCUCUCUCUCUCUCUCUCUCUCUCUCUCUCUCUCUCUCUCUCUCUCUCUCUCUCUC